UGAGAUUCAAAUUGGAUGAAAGGGAGACAGGAGAGACAUCUCCUUCAGGUCUACUGAGCAAUAGGAAAGAUGAGAUCGGCUCUGGUGCUGGGGUUGUUAGUAUGCUGCACGCUUCUACACUGGUCAGAAUCCCAGCUGACAGCUCGAGGAGCCCGCCCUACACAAGCCAAAGAUCGCAGUAGAUCUACUAAACUGGGAUGCUCAGAUGAGAGUGGCUUCUCUUUGUGCUCUGAUGAGGACUGGGGUCCGAAAUGCCCAUCCGGAUGCCGAAUCCAAGGGCUGAUGGACCAUGAAGAUCGCAAAACGGCUGACAGAGUAAGGAAGAUUCGACAGAUGUUGGACGACUACUCAAAAAUAUAUGGAUCUACCCAUGUGAGCGUCACCGAUGCGGCCAGAAGAAUCAGGGAAACUCUGAACGAAGUGGGAGACUCUGGUACUACCUACUAUCAGCUGGUGGAUUCACUCAAGACCCGACUUCUCAGCUUGCAGGAGAGAAUCAAUCGUCAAACCACCAAAAUACAAUCUCUGAAAAGAGGUAUAUUCGAACAAUUCAAAGAAAUCACCCGACUGGAGGUUGACAUUGACAUCAAGAUACGAUCCUGCAAAGGAUCUUGUGCCAAGUCCUUUGCCUACAGCAUCAGCGGGGAGAGUGACGCCCAAUUGGACAAAAAACUCGGAUCAUUACAUAGCAUGUCAGUCGACAGGAUUGAAUACUCAAAGCCAACGCACGUGUUCAAAAUGAGGAGUUUGAAGGAAUCUGAUCCAGACUCUCUUCAUAAAUCUGGAAUGACUGACAGUAGAUAUCCUGAAUUCUGGGCUGAAAGAGAUUUCCAAAUAUUUUCCCUAGAAGAAACUCCUAAAGGUGGAAGUGAGGCUUCCAUUCAUAGUGCAACCUCCACACCCAUAAGAGGUGGGGCAUCUACCUCUGGUACAGACUACUUACACACAAGAGAUAGGGUUUCUACCUCUGAUACAGGUUACUUUCCCACAAAAGGUGGGGCUUCUACCUCUGGUACAAGCUACUCAACCACAGGAGGUGGGGCUUCUACCUCUGGUACAGACUACUUACACACAAGAGAUAGAGUUUCUACCUCUGAUACAGGUUACUUUCCCACAAAAGAUAGGGGUUCUACCUUUAGUACAAGCUUCUCAACCACAGGAGGUGGGGCUUCUACCUCUGGUACAGACUACUUACACACAAGAGAUAGAGUUUCUACCUCUGAUACAGGUUACUUACCCACAAGAGAUGGGACUUCUACCUCUGGUACAAGCUACUCAACCACAAGAGGUGGGGCUUCCACCUCUGGUACAGACUACUUACACACAAGAGAUAGGGUUUCUACCUCUGAUACAGGUUACUUUCCCACAAAAGAUAGGGGUUCUACCUUUGGUACAAGCUUCUCAACCACAGGAGGUGGGGCUUCUACCUCUGGUACAGACUACUUACACACAAGAGAUAGAGUUUCUACCUCUGAUACAGGAGGUUACUUACCCACAAGAGAUGGGACUUCUACCUCUGGUACAAGCUACUCAACCACAAGAGGUGGGGCUUCCACCUCUGGUACAGACUACUUACACACAAGAGAUAGGGUUUCUACCUCUGAUACAGGUCACUUACCCACAAGAGAUGGGACUUCUACCUCUGGUACAAGCUACUCAACCACAGGAGGUGGGGCUUCCACCUCUGGUACAGACUACUUACACACAAGAGAUAGGGUUUCUACCUCUGAUACAGGUUACUUUCCCAAAAGAGGUGGGGCUUCUACCUCUGGUACAAGCUACUCAACCAAAACAGAUGGAUCGUUUCAUCAUCAGGCAGGCUCCACAACCUCAUUAGGUGGUGGACUGGUGGGUAGUAGCAGGGGUGUUGCUGGGACACCUGAACCUUUUUCAGAUCACAGUUAUUUUCACACUGUUGAUCGGAAACAGACAAGUGGCAUAGUAAUUGGGGACGGUGGUAGGGAAGAAAGCAGAGUUGCACAUGGUCUUGGAGAGGGUACAGGAGGCAGAGGUGAUAUUGAUGAUACACGGUUCCACACAACACAUGGUUCCAGAACCUACACAAAAACAACUGUUACAAAAAAUGGCAAAACCACUGAAAGAGUCACAAUGACAAGCGGCUCAGAUGGUUUUCCUGAAAUUUCGGAAUUUCCGGAAUUUAUGGGCUCACAUUUUGACAGACUUAGAUUACAAUCUGGGACAGAACCUGGGACCACAGGUAUGGGGUCCAGGAGGCUUACAACAGUAACAGGAACUAAAACAGGUAAAGGUGGAAGUACACGUGAUUUUAGUGCUUUAACAUCCUCAGGCACCAAAACAGGCAAACACUCUAUUGUUACUGAAAGUCAUGCAGUGAGAGGCACAGAUGAUUUCGAUCCCUUUGCAAGGUUCGAAGAAUUCAGGGAUUUUCAUACUUUUGAUCCGAGACAGCCACUACCUGACGCCGGUGGUAGUGUAAGCGAUGGAGAUAGUUCAGUUGUUGGAAGUCGUACAACACAUUCAGUAUCCUGGUCCACCCAAGGAGGUGACUCUCCAGAUCAACAAUCAAUUCAAAGAAGGUUAAAAAGUGCCAUGCAACGCAUGUCUAUGGAUGAAAGAGGAGAAGAUAUUCCUGACCGGAAAGGUCACAUCUAAUAGAAAUAACAAGAUAUAGCAUGAAAGCUACAUUGGGAAAGCACAUAAAGACAGACAAGGCAACUUCCCGAACAGAUUUUCAUUCAUCGUCAUUGGUUCUACAAUAAACUCAUCCCCGUUAUUACCUAAUUUAAGUUGUGCUUACCCGAUGCUCAUCAAUAAAAUGAUUUAUGCAACAAA